AUGACACGUGUGAAAAAAUGCACACAUGCGCAGGCAUCCAAACAGGCCAUAAGCAAAGACUCUGAGAAGACCACCUCAGCAGAUGAUACCCGUGGUGACGCUCCGGUGAGUGAUAUUCUAGAGCAGAUUGCGCUCAGUGACGAUUCAACUCAUCUCAUUUUGAAUGAGUUUUUGUUGGCAACUGGGACUGAUUCUAAUAAAGCUGGAAAUGCAGCCCUCAGUGAAGGUGGAGGAAGGUCAGACUGGGAUAACAUUUUAUACGGGGUAUUUCGCCCUUCUCGGAUUGAUGUAGAACUUUUAUCAUGGGUUUAUCUGAGGAAAGACAGACUCCGUCGGGGAAUGGAGAUUUUUCAAAAGCUAAAGGAGUUUGAUCUAUACCAGAGCUUCUGUGAAGAGAAAUUUAAGCAUCAGUGCUAUAUGGAAGCUUUCAGUGAUCUUGAAGAUCUCUGUCUUGAAGAAAUUGGGAAAAGGGAACAGGACUCUGUGGAAUAUGUACCUCAUCAAAGUUGGGAGGCUGUCUUGAGGAAGCGGCAAGAAGAGCUUGCGGAAAGAAAAGAUGAUCCAGUUCUCAUCGAGAUUGGGCGGGAUGCUAUUUCAACUGUUCUUAAAGAAUAUCAGGCUUCGAAUGUUACGUCCAACAACAAGGAGGAUUUGAGAAUUCAGGACAACCUGCAUCAAGUUGACGUACGAGAGACUAGUAAUAGUAAUCGGAAAACAAAAGCUGUCUUCAGAUCUGGAGGUUAGUUUUUUUUUUUUUUUCCUAUUUGAAUCUUUAAUGAAGAAAUGACAUUUUAGUGAGGUCUUAGUAGUAGGUUGCUGUCCUGCAGACGAGUAGAUUUGAUGUACGGAUCGUGCAGAAGCUUGAUGCCAUGCAGCAGUUGGAAUGUGAGCUUGAGGUCAUCUGCAGCUUUGAUUAUUGGGAAGUUAUGUCACUCCUCGUGAAGAACACGCAAAGAUGCCAAAGAGAAAUCUGAUGCUGCCAGUGAAGCACUUUUACUGGAGCUUUAGCUUGAAGCCAAAAGCAAUGUCAACAAAAGAGGAGGUGAUGAUUCAAAACAGAUACAGGCAAAGUCAAAGAAAACAGAAGAAGAAGAAGGAUUAUAGAAGAAC